AUGGUAUUGGAUACGAUCAUCAAAAAUGGCCUCAUUGUCACAGAGAGUGGAGUUCUUCCAGCAGGACAAGAUAUUGGAAUUUCUGACGGAAAGAUAUCUUUAAUAGGAUACAAUAUUCCUGAAGGUCCAGAAACCAAAAUCAUUGAUGCUCAAGGAGCUUACAUUACUCCUGGUGGCGUCGACUCGCAUGUUCAUCUUGCACAGAGAAAUGCCCCAACAGGCGACAAUUGGGAGACUGGAACUCGUAGUGCCGUUGCCGGUGGCACGACAACUGUUCUUGCAUUCGCAUCACAGACAAAGGAGAUGACAUCCUUGUACCCUGUUCUUGAGGAUUAUCAUGAGAAAUCCCGGGAUCAAUCUUACUGCGAUUACGGCUUUCACUUUGUUAUCACCAAUCCCAAUGAAAAGAUUCUUAAUGAAGAGCUUCCAGUUCUCUCCAAGAAAGAGGGAAUCACAAGCGUCAAGCUAUAUAUGACCUAUGAGUUAUAUAAAUUGUCAGAUCGCCAGCUUCUGGAGACAAUGCUUGCUUGUCGAUCAUUAGGACUCACUACUAUGAUCCAUGCGGAGAACAGUGACAUGAUUUCCUUCCUGAUCGAAGGACUUGAAAAGAAUGAAAACACUGCUCCCUUCUUCCACGCCAUUUCAGGUCCCAAAAUUGCAGAGGAUGAGGCUUCGUAUCGUGCAAUUCGACUUGCUGAGCUUGUUGAUGCCCCUCUCCUUCUUGUCCAUGUCUCUUCUGACGGGGCGAUGAAGCAUAUCAGGGACGCACAAACCAGACUCCUGCCUAUUCACGCGGAAACAUGUCCUCACUAUUUGUUCCUUUUAUCUGAUAGGCUGGCAAAUAAAGAGCAUGACCAUUUCCACGGUGCUAAGGGUGUUUGCUCUCCUCCACUUCGCCACCAUCUAGAGGAUCUUGAAGCCCUCUGGCAAGGCAUUGCAAACGAUACUUUCACCGUCUUCUCUUCUGAUCAUGCUCCGACAAAGUACGAUCAUCCCCAAGGGAAGAAAGCCGGUAUCAUCAAUGGCAUUCCCAAGUUCAGCAAGAUACCCAAGGGUAUUCCUGGGAUCGAGACACGUUUAUCGCUUCUUUUCAGCGAGUCUGAAGGCUGUCUCUCCAAGAAUCAGGCCAGGCUGAGUCUUGCAAGAUUUGUCCAACUCACCUCUGGCAAUCCAGCUCGACUCUAUGGUCUGACGACAAAAGGCGCGAUCUUGCCGGGAUAUGAUGCGGAUUUAGUAAUCUGGCAUCCACGAGAUCAAGGACAAAGGGUCAUUGAGCAGGCUAAUCUGCAUCAUGAUGUUGACUAUACACCUUUUGAAGGAAUGUCCGUGCGAAAUUGGCCCCGAUUUACAAUUCUACGAGGUCAAGUUGUUUGGAACGCAGAUGAAAAUCGCGUCACUGGUACGAAAGGAUUUGGAAAUUUCAUCAAACGGGAGAAUGGGCGUGUUCUGGUCGGCAAAACGGGGCAGCUUCCUGCUGGUAUGAUUGAAGGAGAGCGCGAUCUGUGGCGCCCCAAGCCCCAAGCAUGA